UGAAUUUAACUUGGUUACUAGUACUAGAACUUAACCAAAAAAAAAUGAAAGAAGUUCAAGAUUUGAAGUUUGUAUGCAAGUUGUGUAACAAAAAGUACCCUUGUGGAAAGUCACUUGGGGGCCACAUGAGAUCUCAUGUACUUACAAAUUCAGCUGAAUUUGAGGAAAAAAUUGAACCCCAACUUGAAAAGUUGCAAUCUUGGAAUAGAGAAAAUCAGUAUCAAUCAAAAUUUGAACUUGGUGGGAAUUCUGGUUAUGGUCUAAGAGAGAAUCCCAAGAAAACUUGGAGGGCUGUGGAUUCAACUUCUCCUUUGCCUCAAGAGAGAGUUUGUCAACAAUGUGGUAAAGUAUUUCAAUCACUUAAAGCAUUGUGUGGUCACAUGGCUUGUCAUUCAGAGAAAGAUAAAGGGACUAGUUAUUCAGAUACUGAAGCUGAGGAGGAGUUAAGGCUGAGGACAAGAUCAAAGACUAAGAGGUACAAAAGAAUUGUGGUUAAGUCUUCUGUUUGUUUAGUUAAUGAUAAUACCAUUAAUAAUGGUUCCUCAUGUGUUUCUGAGAUUGAUAAUGAGCAAGAUCAAGAGGAAAUAGCAAAGUGUUUGAUGAUGUUGUCUAGGGAUUCUUGGAAUUGUGUCACUUCAUUUAUUGAGUCUUCUGAUAAUAAUUCUGUUGUUUUAGAGACCAAAUCAUCCUCUACUGACAUGAGAUUUGCUAGAAAGGAUGGUCUAAAAUGUGUUUACAAUCAAGAUGAAACGCCGCGAACCAAGGAAAAGGUAGAUAGGGACUUGAAACUUAGUGUUUUGAAUGCUGAAGCUGAGUCUGAAAACUCUGAUUCUGCAUACUUUUUAGAUGAAAAUACAACAGUUGAAUCAGAUGUCUCUUUUGAUGGAUUCCACAGAAAUGGUAAUAGCAAAUGGAGCACCUCUAAAAUGAGUGAUACUGUUUGGUGUGAUGAGUCUGGGACCGAUAAGGGAAAGGGCUUAAACAGAACUAAAAGAUAUCCUACAGCAUCAAGAAGUGAAUAUGAUUAUUACAGGAUAGCUUCAAAUUCAGAUAAAUGCGAAUCAAGAAAGAGGGCUAAGAAUAGUUCUUAUAAUCCUGAGAUAGAGAAUGAGUCGUUUAAGAAGAAGUAUGAGUGCUUGAAUUGCAAGAAGAAUUUUAGCUCAUAUCAAGCUCUUGGCGGACAUAGACCUUGCCAUAAAAAGACGAAUGCUUGUAUCGAAUCAACAAAUGGAACUGGUGAGAAUAGCGUUGAUGCUGCUGAUCACGAUAACAAGCAUAGGGAGACUUUAAGCAGUAGAAAACCGGCUUCUGCUGAGAAAAAGAUUAAGCCUAAGAAAUUCAAAGGACAUGAAUGCCCAUUUUGCGACAGGAUUUUCAAGUCUGGUCAAGCUUUGGGUGGCCACAAAAGGUCCCAUUUUAUAGUUAGUACUGCGCAGAACAUGAAUCAAUCUUCACCUGUCAAGAAAGACGUCGACGAUUUACUUGAUCUUAACCUUCCUGCUCCAGUUGAAGUUGAGGAUGAUGAGCACGCGCACCUUGUAUCUUGGUAGUUGGUGACAAACAAGGUUUUCCAAUUUGCAGACAAUGCUAUACUGUAUAGGCAAAUUGGGAGGCACAAUUUCUUCAUUUUUGGAUAGAGGUAGUAGUUUCAUUAUUGCUGAUCAGUUAUAUGAACCUAACAUUUCCUUCUGAUUUUGGCAUAUCCAAGCAUAUGCUUCAAUUUUUGCUGGUUAAGACUAUUCAUUUCUUUUAGCUUUGAGACAUUCACAU